AUGAGUAGCCCUAAGCGCAGAAUCGAGACUGAUGUCAUGAAGCUCAUGAGUGACUAUGAAGUGACACUGGUCAACGAUAAUAUGUAUGUAUCUACUACACCCUGCACCAAUAUGCAAGAAUUCUACGUCCGUUUCAAGGGGCCCGAAGAGACACCAUUUACCGGAGGUCACUGGAAGAUCCACGUCGAGCUGCCCGAUCAGUACCCCUACAAGAGUCCCAGUAUCGGAUUCGUCAACCGAAUCUUCCACCCGAACAUCGAUGAGCUGUCAGGAUCGGUCUGCCUCGAUGUUAUCAAUCAGACAUGGUCGCCGAUGUACGACAUGCUCAACAUUUUCGAAGUUUUCCUCCCUCAGCUUCUCCGCUACCCCAACCCAUCGGACCCGCUCAACGGCGAGGCCGCGGCACUCAUGAUGCGGGAGCCCAAGGCGUACGAGGCAAAAGUAAAGGAAUACGUUGCCAAGUACGCCAGCAAGGAAGCCGUGGAUGAGGCAGGCGAGGACACCGAAUCCGAAGAUGAGCUGAGUUCAGCCGGCAGCUAUGAGUCCGGCGGUGAAGAGCCAGCUGGUACGAUGGAUGAUGUCUAA